GGAAAGAAACAUGUCGCUGUCCUACAUACACAGAUUCACAAUGUUAUAUAGAGGAUUUAGGGCAACAGUCCACCUGUAUAAUCACACGGCAAGGAUACCAAAUACGACGAUACGAUUACAAUCAUUAUGUACCCCAGUUGGAGAAGCAAACGCCAAGAUAAUACAAUCUACGGAAGAAUAUAAAUUUGUGGAACGACUGAUCCCGCCUUCACGAGUACCAAUUCCCCCCAAACGCGAUGGUCCUGCACCAUCUGGUUGGACCCCUCCAGCAGAGAUGCCCCCUGCUUUGCCCUACAUGAUCCGUCGCUCCCGAAUGCACAAUAUUCCUGUCUACACCGACUUGACCCACGGCAGCCGCAAGACGACCAUUAUACGCAAGGUUGAAGGUGACAUCUGGGCUCUAGAGAAGGAUGUGAAGGAGUUCUUGCAACAGCUUACUGGCAAGGACCUCCCAACACAGGUAAAUGAGGUGACCAUGAUACUUCGGGUCAAAGGUCACUUUGAUGUGGAGCUGAAGGAGUGGCUAGUGAAGAAGGGAUUCUAACUGGACCGCAAGCAAAGGGGUGUACUGUCACAGAACAUUUGUUUUGGGGAAAUGAGCAUCCCAACUACUGAAAAUGCAUCCGGUAUAGAAAUCGAAUGGAUAUUUAAGUUAUGUAUGUAAAUGUGCAUUUCUAUUUUGUUUGAAUGUAACAUCUUAUGCUCAUCUGUUAGGCCUUUUUGUUAUUGGAAUUAUUAAAUGGCCAUUUC